AUAUAUCCACUGCUGACAAAUCACUUCAGGAGUAUAAUUUUCCAAACUUUAUGGACAUAUCUGGAAUUCAGAAUUUAAAUAACGAAAUUACAACAAAGCUUUUAGAAUUAAUAUUUUAUGGAAGAAUUCCUUCUAAUGUGUCUCUUGAAGAAGUUGCAGAAAAUAUCAGUAAACUUGGAGUGUGGUUAACGGAAAAGAAGUAUCCAAAAACGCCAGAAUGCAAGAAGAUCGACAGAAUUAUUUUUAUUGCUUCGGCUGCAAAGCCUGGCUUACCACUUGAGCUAAUGCAAGCUGUAUUAAAAGUUCUUCGGAGAAAAGGAGAUAUACCAGUCUUCGGUGUAUUAACAAAGAAAGAUCUAUGCCAAGAAGAAGAAGAAGAAUUAAAACAGAUUGAGAUGAACUUUAAAACAACCCUUGGAUUGUCUAAAUUAAACUAUUUAAAUUGCACAAACUACUGUGAUGAGAACAUUGACGAAAUUCAACAGAGGAUAAAGACACAUUACCCUGAAUUAGACAAACCUGUUCACAAGUUUCUGAUACAGGUUUUGGAUCCCGUAGUUCAGAGUAUUGAUUUUCAUACAAGUCCUGGAUCUUCAAAAGAAAGAGUUAUUGAAUUGGUGUACAAAAUGGUUGCCACAUUGAAAGGAAUUGACAAUAUGCAUAUGCUCUUCAUGAUUGCUGUUAUUUUGCUGAUUGCCAUUAUUCUUGCAUUAGUGUUUAUGCGACCUUAA